GCAUUAAUGAAUGUGUAAUAUGAUCGUCUUUGUUAUUGCGUGGAAUGAUAAACGCAAAAGAAGUUAACGGAAGUAGAUUUGAGAUUUUCCGAGAAAGGUACAUAGUUGUCAGAAUGCAUUCUAGGAAUGCAAUCAUAUUUGUCGCACUUUUAUCACAUUAUUGUUACUGUUUUACCGAUUCAGAAAAGAUAAAUUUUGCUUGGAGAAAUGUUCUGUUUAUUAAGGAAAGACAUCUGUUUAUUAAGUCAUGAAGACUAAACUUGUCAAGUGAUUUAAUUUACAAUAGAAUACAAAUAAAAAUUAAUCUAUACUUUGCAGUCAGAUAAAAAGUAACUAAAACAUUACUUACUGUAUGAGGAAAUCUUUCAAAAGUUGAAUGGUGUCAAAGCGAGGUUGUCUUUUAAAUGAAAUUAUAUUUCGAAGAAUAAUUUUCCGUGUCCACAAUUUAUGUUAAUCGAAGGCAGAUCUUAAUUUUAGUCAUCGCCAAUUUGUUUUCAAUAUACCAAUUGCUUUUCUCGAGGAUGUCGAACUUGCAUACAAUUGCAAAAGUCAUGACAUCGUCCCGCCAAUGUUGAGGUUGAAGAGAUUCCUAUUCUGUGAAUAUGAUAGCAGCAUUCGACCGACUCUGUCUCAUCAAGUUGCCAACAACGUCACCAUGCAACUACUACCAAAAAUCCUGGAUUUCGAUGAUUGGAAUGGUAGAAUGACACUGCACAGUUGGAUGACGCUCGUUUGGAACGACGCCCAUCUGUCUUGGAAGCCCAGCGACUUUGAUGGAAUCAAUUUUAUUCACGUACGAAGCGAUAGCAUUUGGAUUCCUGAUAUUUCCGUCUAUAAUUCUGGCGAUAUGAUGUUCGACCAGACCGGUAUACCACCGACGACAUGUUUGGUCUUCAACACAGGAUCGGUUAGCUGUGUACCAUCGGUGAUGCACGUUGCUAAAUGCGCCACAGACUUUGCUUCAUGGCCCUACGACACGCAUCGGUGUCGAAUUAAUUUUGGUUCGUGGUCUCAUUCGGGGGAGGAAGUGAAUUUUAAUCUAGACAAGAAAGCGUUCCAAAUGGAUGGGUUCGCGAAUAAUACCGAGUGGGAUUUCAAAGUACUAAACGCGUACAAAGUAUUAAGGAAAUAUAAAUGCUGUCCAAACGAUACUUAUCCGAUGAUCGUUUAUGAGUUCGCUAUAAGUCGGCAUUAUGGUGUAAUGCAUACUACGUAUAUCACACCUGCUAUAGCGAUGAUGUUACUUACGUUAACUGUACUUUGGUUGGAUUCGAGAUCAACGGAAAGAAUGGCUGUUGCUGGUGUGAAUUUAAUCUGCCAUAUACUUUGUAUGUUCGAUUUGCACUGGCAGCUACCUCACAAUGGUAUUAAUCCUCCAAAUAUAUUACUGUACUACCGAGAUUCAUUAGCUUUAGCCGUGUUCGCCUUAGUUUUAACCGCUGCACUCCGUAAAAUGCAAGAAAUGAGCAUCGAGGUGCCCUAUUGGAUCUCUACGACCACAUCGUUCAUCUUGAGUAACAGAGCUGGGCGUUUUCUUAUUCUUACUGACGACGAUUCCAAAUUGUCUACCACGGGAAUAUUGGGCGGAGAAGGCGAGGAUAAUUCAGACUUACCAAAAUCUGGAAGCGAACCGAAGGAAUCGUCGUGGAGACAUUUCGCUGCCAUCAUUGAAUGGCUGUCUUUCUUCGUGAUCAUUUUCACCUACAUUAUCAUUCUGAUCACUCUUGUACCAUCCACAUGAAAAAUCGUUUCUUGUUCUACAUUUCAUCAAAAGUCAAUUGUAGAUUCUCAUUGUCAAUAAACGAUCAUUUAUGGA